AUUCGCUUAGUAUGCCACCAGUCGUCAAACCAUCAGUGCGUAUCUCGUUGAAUUCGACCUUGACAACAUUUAUAUUAUAAUCUUUUAAUGAACUCAACCACCGAGAUAAAAAUGGAUAACGCAGUUGUACCGAAAAUAUACGAGACAGUGAAGAAAGCUGUGAACGGAGACAUAGAGAAUUACGAAAUCAUUGUGCAAGGCUCCAACGAAAAGGGAGAGGGAUACCUGGGCCAGAUUUUCUUCCUCACCUUACGAGACAAAACUACCGGUAAGCAGCUGAAUAUUGUGGUGAAGCAGGCUUUUUCCGAGCAAGCUGUAAGAGAGAUUGGUCCCAUAAGGGACGUUUUCCUUAACGAGAUUUACUUUUACACGAAAGUGUGGCCGAAACUCCAAAAAUUCCAAGAAAGAAUUCCCAAGGAGUAUCGUUUUACCCACCUAGCAAAUUGCCUGGCUACCAUUUCCGAAGAGAAUUUCGAAAGAUUAGUACUGGAGAAUCUGAAAUGUCAAGGAUUCGUGAUGCACGACAAGAAACAGGUCGUGGAAAAGGAAAAGUUUGAGUUCAUUUUCAAAUUGUACGGAAAAUUCCACGCAAUGUCUUUCGCGUACAAAGCUUUGUACCCUGAGGAAUUCUCUGAGCUAACCAGAGGAUUUCGCGAAGUAUUUGAAAAGUUUUUCGAGAAAGAGGUCACCGUGGAUUUUCACAAAUAUGCUCAUGAGCAGUGCUUAGAAAAUCUAGAGCCAGGUGUGGACGACGCAAUUAUUGAAAAGUACAGGCAUUACGUUGAUGAUGUAGUUAAGUUAUUUAUGGACAGUUUGGCCAACGGCAAAUACACCGCUAUUAUCCACGGUGACUGCUGGAGUAACAACAUGAUGUUCAAAUAUGACGAUUCUAGGGAGCUCAUCGACGUAAGGUUCUUGGAUUUUCAACUUGUCAAAGUGGCAUCUCCCGUGUGUGAUCUUUCUUACUGUUUAUACUCUGGUGGUAACAAGGAAACUUUCGACGACUUGGAUCACUUGCUCCAAGUCUAUCACGACAGCCUUUCAGAAAGUCUCAGGGCGUAUGGGUGUGAUCCAGACGAACUAUAUCCUUUGAAAGCUUUAAAGGAUGACUGGAAGGUGCACUGUCAAUUCGGGGCUAGUAUGGCUUUCAUUAUUUGGAGAGGAAAGUUUGUAUAUGAUGGCGAAGCUGUUGAUUUUACUGAUUUUGCGGCGGAAGACGAUCAAGACAUGCAAAAGUUCAAGGAUGCUAAGUUUGACGAGAAGUCUUACAAGGAAAGGAUUAGGGACAUACUGCUGCAUUUGUACGAAAAUGAUUAUUUUAACAUUCUACUGAUGAACUCAAACACGGAGUGUGCCGAGAUAAAAAUGAAUAUCGCAGUUGCGCCGAAAAUUUACGAGAUCGUGAAGGAAGCUGUGAACGGAGACAUUGAAAAUUUCGAAAUCACUGUGCAGGACUCCAACAAAAAGGGAGAGGGGUACCUGGGGCAGAUCUUCUUCAUCUCUCUACGAGACAAAACUACCGGUAAGCAGUUGAAUAUUGUGGUGAAGCAAGCCUUUUCCGAUCAAACUAUAAGAGAUUUUAGCCCCAUAAGGGAAGUUUUCCUCAACGAGAUCUACUUCUACACGAAAGUGUGGCCGAAACUUUUGAAAUUUCAGGAGGGAAUACCCAAAGCGAACCGUUUUAGCAACCUAGCGAAAUGUCUGGUUACCAAUUCAGAAGAAAACUUCGAAAGGCUGGUUCUGGAGAAUCUGAAAUACCAGGGGUUUGUGAUGCACGACAAGAAGAAGGCUGUAGAAAGGGAAAAAUUUGAGUUCAUUUUCAAGUUGUACGGAAGAUUUCACGCAAUAUCUUUCGCGCACAAAGCUUUGUACCCUGAAGAAUUUUCUGAGCUAGUCGAAGAAUGUUACGAUAUAUUUGGAAUUUUUCUUGAGAAAAACAACUUUGAUCAGAUUAUUAAAUAUACUCAUGAGCAGUGCUUAGAAAAUUUCCAGCCAGGCACAGAUGACGCAAUUAUUGAAAGGUACAGGCAUUAUGUUGACGAUGGGGCAAAAUUAUUUAAGGAGAGUUUGGUUAAUAAAGGCAAAUACACUGCUCUUAUCCACGGCGAUUGUUGGAGCAACAAUAUGAUGUUCAGAUAUGACGAUUCUGGGAAACUCAUCGACGUGAAAUUCCUGGAUUUCCAGCUUGUCAGGCUGGCAUCACCUGUCUGCGACCUCUCGUACUGCUUGUACUCUGGUGGUACAAAGGAAAUUUUCGACGAUUUGGACCACUUUCUCCACGUCUACCACGACAGCCUUUCAGAAAACCUUAGGGAAUACGGAUGCGAUCCAACCGAACUAUACCCUUGGGAAGCUUUAAAGGGCGAUUGGAAGGUGCAUUGUCAGCUGGGCGUUGCUAUGGGUCUCUCGAUUUGGAGAGGAAAGCUUGUGUACGACGAUGAGGUCGUUGAUUUUACCGACGUCAGCACGGCGGACGUCGAUGAGGUUAUGGAAAAGUUUAAGGGCGCUGGGUAUGAUGAGAAAACUUAUAAGGAAAGGACAAGGGACAUAAUUUUACAUUUAUAUGAAAAUGAUUAUUUAAUGUAACGAAAGCUAUUUGCGAGCUAUAUUCCUUAAGGAGGUAUAUCGGGUUUACUCAAAUGCACAGAUGUACUUGAAAUUUAUAUAGCGUAGUACCCAGUGCUGCC